CCGCGCCCAAGCCGCCGCGCAUGCGCAUUCGGGAUGGGGAAAAACGCACCGCGGCCGGACGCUACCAAGGGCGCAGCCGCGGGGGGGGGAGUGGGCUGUACCAUACCGGGGGGGGCGCGGGCUGUACUGUGGGAGGGGGGCCGGAUCUGCACUCGCCGCCCCUCCUCACUGGCCUGUACCGUGAGCUGGCCCGGGACUUACCCCUCCCGUCCCAGGUCGACCCUUCCGGAGCGGUGCUAAACCAGGAAGGAGUCUUCCGAGUCCACCCAGAGCUCGCGGGGGUCCCGGGGCCCCCAGGUUCGGCGACGCCUCUGAACUCACCGCCCGCGGGGACGACCCUGCGGAGGACCCUAGGAGACCCCACGGAGCCCCCUGAAAGCUCGGCUGCCAAGGUCCGCGGGAGGCCGCCCUUUCCCGGCGGUGACAUUGGUCCAACCCAGCCCGCACCUCUGCAGAGGCCAGCCCAGGGCCACGGAACGAGCCUCAGGUAUAACUGGUGAUCAAUAACCCAAUGGAACGGAGAAGACUCUGAAUGAAAUGCACCCCGAUUCCUGCUUUGAGCACCCAAAAUGAGGCACCUGUGUUUGCAACCUGGUCGCUGACCUCCUGAGUCACCUGGCCAGGGCUCUGUCCCCUCCUCUUCCAGGCCUUCCUGACAGCGAGGUCACUCCAUGUUGCUGCCGCCAAGCUGAGCCCUCUCAGUAGGCAGCUCACUCACACCUCAGCUGUACGGGCCCGUACUUCGUAGAUAAGGAAAUGGAGGUUCCUGUGAGUAAGGUUAAGUGACUCCUGCUUCCUGCUUC